CCUCCAAAAAAUAAAAAGGGAAAGAAGGGAACUGUCAUCCAUGGCGUCUGCACUACAGACAUGACGAAGGAGGAAAUUGAGAAGUUUGUCAUCCUUCUUCGUGAAGAAUUAGACAAAGAACGAACUGAAAGAAACAUGCUUUCCUUGGAAAGAGACAAAUUGACUACUUUUUGGCAGCUAACCAAGCGACAAUGUGAGGAGGCUCGAGCAAUGCUACGGAAAAAAGAACGUGAACUGGAGGACGCAGAAGAGAGACAUCAAAUGGAAAUGCGCAUCUACCGCCAAAAAGUGAAGCAUAUGCUGUUUGAACAGAACUCUAAAGAGGCAGACUUAAAGAAGGAGACAUCUAUCACUUUGAAUGCAAUGAGUGAUGAGAUGCGCAUAGAAGUCAGGGCAUUGCAAAAUGAGAACUACACCUUAAAAGCACAAUUACGGUACAGACAACUGGAGUCAGAAGAAGCUAUCAAAAUGCUCAAAAGGCAACACGAGACUGAAAGUGAGGAAAUGGAGCAGCGGCAUGCCAAACAAGCAGCCAUGCUGCGGGAGGAGCUGGAAACUAAGCGACGCAGUGAAAUUCAUGCCACCGAGGAACGCAAAAAUAUGCACAUAAAGCAACUAGAAGUUUGCCACGACAAAGCCUUUACAGGCAUGAAGAGUUACUACAAUGAUGUGACGUUGGGCAACGUGAACGUCAUCAAGACACUGCGUGACAACAUAGAGGAGUUGAGGUCAAACCUAAUACGGACCCAGAAGAAGCUCGAUGCGAGCGCGGCGGAGACAGAAAUGCAUAGAGAAAAGUUGAGACAAAUGGAGUCACAGAACAAGAAUCUCUUAAAAAUUGCACUUCAGUACGACACGGAGAAAGCUGCACAUUCUGUACGUCGAUCUAUAAUUUGA